AUGCUAAGAGAAAGUUCUUUGCAGAAACUCCCAAACAAUUUCACUGGGAAAUAUCGUGGUGACAUGCCAAACCCAAUGUUUCUCAGGCCUCCAGAUGGCACUGAGUGGGAAGUAUUUUGGACUAAAAAUGCUGGUGAUAUUUGGUUUCAAAAGGGUUGGAAAGAAUUUUCUACAUAUUACUCUCUAGAUCAUGGUCAUAUGGUGUUGUUUGAAUACAAGCACAUUUCUCAUUUUGAUGUACGCAUAUGUGACAAGAGUACACUUGAAAUAGAUUAUCCUUUCCAUGGCUCUCAAGAUGCACAGGAUAACCUUGACCAGAUUAGUGAUGAUGAUUCAGUUAAAAUUUCGGAUGAGCUACCACCAUGCCAUAAGAAUACACAGAAAUCACCAAUGUCUUCUCCUCAACCAUGUAAGAAAUCGAGAACUUGCACAAGUGGAGAUGUUGAAAGAAGCUCAACUUUGCAAAACUUGCCUCAGUAUGUCCAAAUUGAAGGUACAAACUUGGAGAAGUCUAAAUUUGCAUCUGUAAAGAAAGAAGCGGAUGAGGAUAUAGGUGGUAGUGGUACCACUGAAUUUCUAAGAGUGAAGCAGUUCACUUCUAAACUUACCGAAGCUACAAACAAAGCCAAAACUUUCAGAUCUAAAAGUCCCUCUUUCACGAUUGUCAUGAAGCCUUCCUAUGUAGAUGGUCAAUUCUUGAAUGUACCACUUGUCUUCAUGAGAGAGUACUUCAAUAACAACAUGCAGAUUGUGAUGUUACAGUUUGGAAAGAAAUUGUGGCCUGUAAAGUUAGUGAGUUAUGCAAAUAGAGAUAGUGCGGGAUGGAAGUUGUCUAAUGGUUGGUUGCAAUUUGCUCGAGAAAGUAAAUUGGUAGGUGGAGAUUACUGUGUGUUUGAACUCAUCAACAGAGAAAAUGCAGUACUUAAUGUUCAUAUUUUCAGAGGCCACGGUUAG